AUGUAUUUCUAUGGCCUGACCACCAAUGCUCUUUUGCCCUUGGCAGGAAUCCCUGUUGGAAGAGAUGGUGAUGAGCCCAGGUUCUUUGUGCUGAGUCUGGUUGUGAUCUCUCCCACUCUGGCUCAGGAUGACUACAGGUACUUAAAAUUCCUGACUCAGCACUAUGAUGCCAAGCCAAGGGGCCGAGAUUACAGAUACUGCGAAAGUAUGAUGAAGAAAAGAAAGCUAACCUCGCCUUGCAAAGAAGUCAACACCUUUAUCCAUGACACCAAGAACAACAUCAAGGCCAUCUGUGGAGAGAAUGGAAGCCCUUAUGGAGUAAACUUUAGAAUAAGCAAUUCUCGCUUCCAGGUCACCACUUGCACGCACAAAGGAAGGUCUCCCCGGCCUCCAUGCCAGUACAACGCCUUUAAAGAUUUCAGAUAUAUUGUUAUUGGCUGUGAAGAUGGCUGGCCUGUCCACUUCGAUGAGUCUUUUAUCAGUCCGUAG